AUGCGCGGCGGCUACGAUGCGUCUGCUUCGGCAGCACCGGAGGCUGAGGGAGUCACGGUGCGAUGCCGAUGCGGGGCCAUGCCGCGUUAGCGACAGAAGGAUUUUAAUCAUCGCCUCUCCCCAGGAAUGACACGGGUGCAGCGCAACAGAGAUAUAGAGCGAGGGGGGCUGGCACCCAGCAGACAAACAACAGCCUGGCGACAUAGCCGUGUGGAUUAGCACUGUCGCUGUGUGAGAAAUAUGUGUGCUGCUGGCCAGGCGGGCGGCAGGCGGCAGGGGGAGAAAACACAUUGCCGUUUUUUUUUUUACCCCCACACGCCGGAAUAAGGAUUCAUGGCAUCAUUAACCACAGCCUAUAUCUCUCGGGCACCAAUGCACAGAGCUGAUAUUAAAUAAGUAUAUCAAUUGUAUGUGAAGCCUAUCUUUGUUUAGUGAGAUCAUUCACUUGGUUUACUGCCGGCUUCACACACUUCACAUAUUUUCUUAUGGGCUUCAUUUCAAGGUUUUUGGGGGAAGCCAUUGUUGUUGUUGUAGUUGUUGUUGUUUGAAUGUAGCCAUUAGCCAACUUUUUCUAACAGACAACUUCUUCUUCUCCAAAAUUCUUUAAGACUGUUUUGUUCUUUCAAGUUAGAACUUAAUUGUUUUCCAUCCCUGUUGUGGUAGUGCUGGAUAGAGUUGAGAGAACAGGGAAAGUUUUGUUUGUUUUGUACCUAGCCUGGUUUUGAGGGACCUCUUUUGGAUUGAAGGCUUGAAGCAAGCUCUCUGAUGCAUGUCAGCAAACAGGGUUCACAGGUGUCACAAAAGCUGACACUGGGGCGCUGUUGAUCCUCUUUAAUUGGCUACAAGGUUACACAGUGGGAGAAACUAGCAGCAAACCUGAUGAAUCUAUGAAUAGAUGGAUGUAUGGAUGGAUGAAUGGAUGGAGGCAAGGGGGAUACAGCUAGGAACAGGAGAAGAUGGAUGUAUCCGAUCCACAUCCACACAUCCAGUAGCUCCAUAGACAUGCUUUGAUGAACAUGAAGGCAUCAGGCGUUAAAAAUAAACCAGCUCCUUGGCUGACAUGUUCUGACUCCUCGUCUUAAACUGGGAACCAAAGCAUUGAAACAGAGGCAGCUGUGGUUUUCUCCCAGUAGGAAAACUUCACCCACUAUUCAUUAGUUUGUGCUGUAUGGAAAGUGACAUGUUGUAACUACUUGGCUUUAUUGACCAUUGUUAUGUCCUGGUGAGAGCAUGGCAGAGGCCUCAGAUAAAGAGGUGGACAGUGUCGUAAAAUGUUGAAAUGUUGCUAAUUUAGUCAUUUACUUAGACUGGGCCAAUAACAGACUCGCUGAUUUGUAAGCAUAACAAAGAUUCAGGCAGUUGGUCUAAAUAUCUCAAAACACUGUUUUUCCUCAGCAAACCCAGGUUUCAUUUGUGAGAUGUAUGCAUGUUUUUGUCAAGUCUUCAGGCUGCGUUCACAAUGUUGCUAUGAGUGUGUAUGCUUGUGGGUGGUCAUCGGGUGUAGAGGUGCACAUACAGGUAAAUAAGCAUUUUCCAAAGACAAUAGCAAUAAUGUCAUAUUCUUUACAUUAGAGGCUAGUGGACCCAUCUAUUCAAUCUCUGGAUUUUUAGGAAAACUGUCACGCUCGUUGAAGGACGGGUCAGACCUAGGCGCAGCGUGAAAUGCAUACAUGUUUAUUACAGAGAUAAACACACGAACAAAAACAACAAACCAACGUAACGUGAAGUCCUCAGGCUAAACACAACACAAGCCUCUACACGGAACAAGAUCCCACAUCUAAUGAUUGCAACCAGGCUACUUAAGUAUGAUCCCCAAUCAGAGACAAAGAGCGACAUCCGGCUCCGGGCGUGAUGACCACAUUCUCUCAGCCUCCCCGUUGCGCCCCUGGUCUGGUCUGGACCUCAGCGCGCUGCUUCCCCUCUCCUUCCUCCCACGAUGUACCAAGCCCUGUCUGGACCCUGGUGUGGGAGACCCCGAACCUGGAGAGGGGCUGACGUCUGGGUCUGGACUGGAGCCGCUGACCGGAGCUGGACUGGGCACCGGUGGAGCGGACUGCUCUGGCUCCGGACUGGAGCCGCUGACCGGAGCUGGACUAUGCACCAGUGGAGCGGACUGCUCUGGCUCCGAAGUGGAGCUGCUGACCGGAGCUGGACUGGGCGCCGGUGGAGCGGACUGCUCUAGCUCCGGAGUGGAGCAGCUGACCGGAGCUGGACUGGAUCCCGGUGGAGCGGAAUGCUCUGGCUCCGGAGUGGAACUGCUGACCAGAGAUGGACAGGGCACCGGUGGAGUGGACUGCUCUGGCUCCGGAGUGGAACACGCACCACUAAUCUGGUGCGAAGAGCAGGAACGGGCCGGACUGGGGACACACACCACUGGCUUGGUGCGAGGAGCAGGCACGGGCCGUACCGGACUGGGAACAUGCACCACUGGCUUGGUGCGAGGAACAGGAACGGGCCGGGCCGGACUGGGCACACGCACCACUAGCUUGGUGCGAGACGCAGGCACGAGGUGUACCGGACUGGGAGCUGACGUUAGAGAUCUCCGACUGUACCAGUCUUUCACUCUCCACGCCCAGUCCUCCUCCCGUGAGGACUCCUCCCUGAGCCCCCACGAGUGCAGUGGUCGGGGUUCUUCUCCAUCUAUCCCCGACCACACUUUUAGCCCCCCAAUUUUUUUUUAUUGGGGCUGUCUCUCGGGCUUCCUCCUCAGCCGGCACCUUCUGUGUUGCCGUUGCUCCUCUCUAAACCGGGCCUCCACUGUCUCCUCCCAAGGACGGCGAUCCAUCCCAGCCUGAAUCUCCUCCCAUGUCCAGGAUCUCCUUCCAUGUCCAGGAUGUCUGCUCCUGGGCACGCUGCUUGGUCAAUUUUUGGUGGGAUCUUCUGUCACGCUCGUUGAAGAACGGGUCAGACCAAGGCGCAGCGUGAAAUGCAAACAUGUUUAUUACAAAGAUAAACACAUAAACAAAAACAACAAACCAACGUAACAUGAAGUCCUGAGGCUAAACACAACACAACACACACACCCACACACACACAACACAACACAACACCACACAACCAACACCACACAAUCACAACACAACACAACACAACACAACACAACACAACACAACACAACACAACCCAACACACACAACACCACACAACACAACACACACCACACAACACAACACAACACAACACAACACACCAGAACAUAACCCAACACACCACAACACAACACACACCACACAACACAACCCCAACACAACACAACACAACACAACACAACACAACACAACAACACCACACAACACAACACAACACAACACAAGCCUCUACAGGCACAAUAUCCCCAGCACUAUGAGUGCAACCAGGCUACUUAGUCAUGCCCCAAUCAGAGACAACCCCGAAAAGUCGACAGCUGCUUCUGAUUGGGAAUCCACCCGGCCCAAACAUAGGAAAUACAAUAACUAGAAUGGGAACAUAGAAAAUAAUGACAUAGAUCUCCACACCCUGACUCAACAUACUAGAGUCCCAUAAGUCAGGGCGUGACAAAAACAUGUCUUCAACCCCAUGCAUACAUACUUACUCUACUUAACCUGAAUUUGGGAGGGACAGAGCAACACAGUUUAGCAUCCCCUCAUUGUAGGCAGUUGCCUCUUUGCUUUGAGACGAGAUAACUCAAUCAAUACCCUUUUUUCAUUCACUUCAAAAGAGAGAAAGUUUAGUUUCCCAUUAAGUCAAAAACUCAUUUAUUUGCACGAUUUAACCAAAUCAAUGUUUGGAUCAUACAUGGCAAGAAUGUGUGUCCUACAAUAGCCUGCCUAGUUCUUGAGUAGUUAUGUUCAAAUUUGGUCCAGAACACACAGCUACCGUUUUUUCAACAUUGUCAUCCUCUGGUCCUCUAUUUUAUUAAGGUCUCUUAAGGUCAAGUCCCCUGAGAUAUGCUUCUGUUAAUUAGAAAUUUCUCGCACAUCCCAUUGAUAUCAAUGUUUGAUUAAGUGGGAGUUUGAUUCAGCCCAUAACCACUCAGUUUGAUUAUUUAAUAUUCACCAAAGUCUAAUUAAAAACUCAUAUUUCGGGAAUGAAAACUGAAGAGGGGUUGAAAAGGCUACCCAGUUUUUCUUAUUUUUUCUGAGAGUCACAGUGUAUCACACUUACAUGACAAAUGCAAUGUAUCUUGAUUUAAAGAAUUGCAAUAAACCAAACUUAACUCAGGCUGACUUCAUCACCGUGAUUAUUUGAUUAGUUAAUUCUGUAUCAAGCUCAAAAAGAGAGACUCAGGGGCUAUUCUUAUUGACAAACAUUUAAGGAGAGGCAGCACGACGAGAUUUCAAUUGACAUAAUAUGUACAUACACUUUUCAAUUGACAUUACAUUCUUGCCUUACCUUUCGUUGUGGCUGGCAAUGUGACAUUCUUGCUCUGCAGCUCCAAAUUUACUGUAAAAAUCAGUAUCACAGUAGCCAGUAAGCUUGAAAAAUAAAAAUACAACUUUUCCGCUAAAACAUACACACAUUAAAUGUAGCUUGCAAGACAAUAACACAGCUAGCUAGCUAUGCUAGCUAUGCUAGCUAGUAACGUUAGCAUAUCAAACAUGAAAGUUUACCCCCCUCAUAGAAAGUUUACCCCUCUCGAGACAUGAGAAAUACGUAAGUUUACGUUACAGUAAUGUCUCUCGAGAAUCGAUACCCCUCGAGAAUCUCUCAAAGUUCUCCUUAAUUCUGGUCAAUGAAAAUAAACCCUUAGAGAGAGCAAGCAAACCUACGUGAUCCAAACUGUGUUUCUCGGCUUCCUGAACUAGUUACUCAAUGAGUAAUCUUCCAUGUUCAGCAGGAAUCCCCAAUAAGUGCCUUUGAAUUUUUAUUCUGUGCUGUAAGUCAUUAACCAUGAAUGCAACAGUAAUUGCUUCAUAACGAUGAGGACUUUUUGCCAUUAAAGAUUUGUGGUAAUUUUGUGGGAUUAUUACGAUUUUCAUCUUUAGAGUCAGGAGAUAAAAUGCUGAUUUCAAUUUCAUUAGUUGGUGUAUUCUUUCAAAAGCAAUUACCAUUAAGCAACUGCACAGGGCCACAGGCCUUUGCUAUAGACAAUAUUUUACUCAGCACCUACAGAGAUAUAGUGUAUAAAGUUGACCAUAGAAGUGUUUUCACUUUAGUGUUAGGAUUGGAUUCUUGGGGAAAAAAAUGAAAGAUUAUAUGGUAUGUUUGACACUUUGAGUCCAUGUUCCUUCUCACAAAAGGGAACCAUCAGCAGUGCCAAUAACUCAGAUAAUAAAGUGCAUAACAACUAUUUUCAAGUGUGAGUUAGGCAUCUUUGGAGGCAUUGUCAUCAGGUACAUUUCAUUAAACUGACCACAUUUGCUUUUUUUCUCUGCUCCUGUCAUCCCCCCCGCCCCCCUCUCUCUCUCUCUCGCUCUCUCUCUCUCUCUCUCUCCUAUUGUGUUUUCUUUCUCUCUUUCUCUCUACUCUGGUCAUCCCUCUCUCUAUCUCCUCUCAUGUCCCCCCUCUCUUUCCACUCUUGUCAUCCCUUGCAAUCUAUCUCUCUCUCGUCUCCCAUCAUCCCCUCUCCCUUUUCACUCUUAUCUUCCACUCUUGUCAUCCCUUUCUCUUAUUUCCUGUCAUCCCUUUCUCUUUCUCUCUCCCUCUCUAUCUCUCUCCUCUCCAGGCGUCAUCCGGACGGCACUGCCCAACAUGGACCGGGAGGUGAAGGACCAGUACGUGUUGGUCAUCCAGGCCAAAGACAUGGUGGGCCAGAUGGGCGGCCUCUCCGGCACCACCUCUGUCACGGUCACUCUCACUGACGUCAACGACAACCCGCCACACUUCUCUCGUAGUAAGACUGAGUCCUAUAUGCUUUGUACGUCACUAAAUCUGACAACAUGCCCUCUAUCUAUUUCCCUCAGACAAAGCACUGAACCCCUCCAUUCAUUGUCAUUGCAGUCUCACUGUAGUGGAGGUUGGACAUACAUCUCUACAAUACCUCUCAUUCACAAUGACAGACGUGUAGCGGAGUUUUGAGUGAAAAUGUAGGCUAUACUUGAUAUUGCAGAUUCAUUAAAUCACUGUACCCCUUUCAAGCGUAUGUGUAAUUUUGCUGUUCGUCGGGGGGUUCACAGCCCCUUUCUGACUAAUGGUCAAAGGCUUCAAAUACAGUUUGCCCUAGGAGGUAUAAACCUUUCUCCCUCUCCCCUCACUCCACAUCAGAGCAGAUGGAUUUCUGCAAACGUGGAUACCAGGAUCAAUCAGGCUCCAUUUUUUUUGUCAUCAGCCUAUUUCACGGCCCGCUAAUGGGUUCCUGGCCAGGCCUUGGGAUUCAAAGGCAUGAGGUGCUUCUCAUGAUAAUCUGUGGCCCCGGCAAUUGCUUUACCGCUGAUAGUCCCACAGACCGCCGCUGCCUAGGCUGUUACACUCACCGCUGGACUGCCAUGAAGUCAAGUCAAUUUGCUAGAACCCGGGGGGUGGGGUAGAGGAGAGACAGGUUCAAGUUUGCACAACAAGUCGUCAAUGCCGUUUUAACCCAGCGCUGUUUUGCAGGGUGUGCUGGGUAGAAAGAUGCUUUAGGACCAGGCUGGGUGUGAAGUCAUCACCCCCACCACCGCCCCACCCCCCCACCCCCCGCCCCUCUGUAUCCCCCUCACCCCCCACCCAAGGUCAUGGGUCAGAAUCAAUAGAGUAUUAAAGAGCACCACAGCUGAUAGAGUCUAGAAGCACUAGCCCUUGGAGGAGAGGAGAGGAGGGAAGCGAAGGCUGGAGGCACAAAGACAGAGAGGAGGGGCGGUUACCAGGGGGUAAAUUGGGGCGUACACAGUACGUAGGGAGGGGAAGAAAGGAAUUUUUUGGGGUCUUCCACAGCGAAUUAAAAAGCCAUUACAAAGAUUACACAGCGGCAAACAAUGUCAAGCAGAUUAGCAUUUGGAGCGCAAUGUUGGGAACCACUGGGGUGAGGAACACGGAAAGGUCUGGUAAUGAGCUCCGUCAUGGUGAUUGGGGAGAUUAUGAUUAUGAAUAUGAUUCCCUCCUUUUUUUCUUAUGAGAGUGCUUUAAGUCAGGGAGUUGCAGACAAAGACACUGGGAACACAAUGGAAGAGUUUGCGUCUAAUAGAAUCUUCCAGUGAACAUUUCAUCCCACCAAAGCAUAUUCCGCAGGGAUCGGUGAUUCUCCCAUUCACUUUGGUCAUGUAAAGUGGAGUGGUCAGAAUAUGUAAUACAUUUUCAUAUGAAUACAGACAACUCCAUUGUUAUAAAAAUGUUAAGGUUCAAUAAUAAAAUAUUUGCCCUAUCCACCAUAAAUGUCUUGAAUUGUAAAACUAGUCAUUUUUUAUUAUUUACAGUGGGGGAAAAAAGUAUUUAGUCAGCCACCAAUUGUGCAAGUUCUCCCACUUAAAAAGAUGAGAGAGGCCUGUAAUUUUCAUCAUAGGUACACGUCAACUAUGACAGAAAAAAUGAGAAAAGAAAUUCCAGAAAAUCACAUUGUAGGAUUUUUAAUGAAUUUAUUUGCAAAUUAUGGUGGAAAAUAAGUAUUUUGGCUCUCACAGACCUGUAACUUCUUCUUUAAGAGGCUCCUCUGUCCUCCACUCGUUACCUGUAUUAAUGGCACCUGUUUGAACUUGUUAUCAGUAUAAAAGACACCUGUCCACAACCUCAAACAGUCACACUCCAAACUUCACUAUGGCCAAGACCAAAGAGCUGUCAAAGGACACCAGAAACAAAAUUGUAGACCUGCACCAGGCUGGGAAGACUGAAUCUGCAAUAGGUAAGCAGCUUGGUUUGAAGAAAUCAACUGUGGGAGCAAUUAUUAGGAAAUGGAAGACAUACAAGACCACUGAUAAUCUCCCUCGAUCUGGGGCUCCACGCAAGAUCUCACCCCGUGGGGUCAAAAUGAUCACAAGAUGGGUGAGCAAAAAUCCCAGAACCACACGGGGGGACCUAGGAAUGACCUGCAGAGAGCUGGGACCAAAGUAACAAAGCGUACCAUCAGUAACACACUACGCCGCCAGGGACUCAAAUCCUGCCGUGCCAGACGUGUCCCCCUGCUUAAGCCAGUACAUGUCCAGGCCCGUCUGAAGUUUGCUAGAGUGCAUUUGGAUGAUCCAGAAGAGGAUUGGGAGAAUGUCAUAUGGUCAGAUGAAACCAAAAUAGAACUUUUUGGUAAAAACUCAACUUGUCGUGUUUGGAGGACAAAGAAUGCUGAGUUGCAUCCAAAGAACACCAUACCUACUGUGAAGCAUGGGGUUGGAAACAUCAUGCUUUGGGGCUGUUUUUCUGCAAAGGGACCAGGAUGACUGAUCCGUGUAAUGGAAAGAAUAAAUGGGGCCAUGUAUCGUGAGAUUUUGAGUGAAAACCUCAUUCCAUCAGCAAGGGCAUUGAAGAUGAAACGUGGCUGGGUCUUUCAGCAUGACAAUGAUCCCAAACACACCGCCCGGGCAAUGAAGGAGUGGCUUCGUAAAAAGCAUUUCAAGGUCCUGGAGUGGCCUAGCCAGUCUCCAGAUCACAACCCUUUAGAAAAUCUUUGGAGGGAGUUGAAAGUCUGUGUUGCCCAGCGACAGCCCCAAAACAUCACUGCUCUAGAGGAGAUCUGCAUGGAGGAAUGGGCCAAAAUACCACCAACAGUGUGUGAAAACCUUGUGAAGACUUACAGAAAACGUUUGACCUGUGUCAUUGCCAACAAAGGGUAUAUAACAAAGUAUUGAGAAACUUUUGUUAUUGACCAAAUACUUAUUUUCCACCAUAAUUUGCAAAUAAAUUCAUAAAAAUCCUACAAUGUGAUUUUCUGGAGAAAAAAAAUCUCAUUUUGUCUAUCAUAGUUGCCGUGUACCUAUGAUGAAAAUUACAGGCCUCUCUCAUCUUUUUAAGUGGGAGAACUUGCACAAUUGUUGGCUGACUAAAUACUUUUUUCCCCCACUGUAUGUCACUAUUUCCUCUUAUAUAUUUGGAUAAAAAAACUCAUCCUGGACCAUUAGUUUGCAGUGUGACGAGUCAUUGUGAGAGAGGGAUCUCAAAGGCAGCAGUAGUGCACCAUAAAUCUGAGCUGCUAAGGAGUAAGGAAACCACCUCAUCUCUAACUACUACUUGUCUCACCUCCAGAGAACUAUCAGUACAUGGUGCUGGAGUCCUUGCCCGUGGCGUCCGUGGUGGCCAGGGUCAAGGCUCUGGACAAUGACAUAGGCCCCAAUGCAGAGAUGGAGUAUAGGAUCAUGGAGGACGGACCUGGGGUGUUCAACAUCACUACAGACGAGGACACGCAAGAGGGCAUCAUCAUCCUUCAAAAGGUACACAUGCUGUAUCCUUAUAUGCAUGUAUCCUUUUAGGCUGUGGCCCCAAGCCAGCUUUGUCACAGGGUCCAAUCUGAUAUUCUGUUUGUUUUUGCCGUCACCAGUCAUAGAUGAGUGCCACAGAGUGGAAAGUCACACAGACAAUAAACACAGACAAUACAUGUGUCACAUCAAUGGCUACAACUGUGCGCCCAAUAAGCCAAACAGAUGACAACAUAUCUUCUAAACACUCUUAUUUAGAAAUGUAUUUCACCGUGAUGUGUUGUGUGCCUUUUCUCACAAUCAAUAGUUUGCUUUCACACUGCACAGUAAGUCAAUAUAAAUAUGUCUGGAUGAAAGAUGUAUUUGUGAGAGAGAGUCUGAUUAUGUGCAAGGUUGCAUAGGGUCGUUGGACUCUAGCGCCUACAUUUCUUCAAUCUACUGGUGUAGCACAAGGCCAUGUUGCCAUGAGCGAUACACAUAGAAAUAUCUUUAUGGCUUUGCCCUCACCAUUUACAGCAAAUGUGGCCAGUGCAGUGUGCUUAGAAUCCAGCCAAUUAGGACGGGCUCCACCUUGACUGGAAGGUUACUGUCGAUUUCUGGGCUCCGACCUAUACAACUUUCAUGUGACGUUUUAUUUUAACGAAAUGUGAAAUAGCUAUAUACAGAACCAGUCAAAAGUUUGGACACACCUACUCAUUCAAGGGUUCUUCUUUAUUUUUACUAUUUUCUACAUUGUAGAAUAAUAGUGAAGACAUCAAAACUAUGAAAUAACACAUAUGGAAUCAUGUAGUAACCAAAAAAGUGUUUAAAAAAAAUGCAUAUAUAUUUGAGAUUCUUCAAACAGCCACCCUUUGCCUUGAUGACAGCUUUGCUGAAUUAGUAGGUGUGUCCAAAUGUUUGACUAGUAGUGUAUAUAUUAUUUUUGUCUCUUUACUUGGUUUGUCUCAGCCAUUAGACUUUGAGACCAGGAACAGCUUUAACCUGCGAAUCGAAGCCACCAAUCGGAAUAUCGACCCAGCGUUCGUGCACCUGGGUUCAUUCAGCGACACGACGUCGGUCAAGGUUACGGUGGAGGACGUGAACGAGCCGCCCGUAUUCUCCACACAACUUAGCAAGAUGGUGGUCUCCGAGGAUGCCAGAGUGGGCACCUCCAUCGGGAGGGUCUCCGCUCACGACCCUGACUCCUCUAACAGUGCCAUCAGGUAGAACUCAGCUCUCCAGAUAUUAUAUGCCAUUACAUGCAAUCCCUCUGUUGUCCCAGCCAUUUUCUUAAAAUAACUUUGCCCCAUUCAACAGAGUCGCGAAUUCAAGCCAUAUAACCCAUUUCUUUCAACAUGUUGCCACACCGUAAGGUUGACAUGAGGUCCAAACACCUUUAGAGCAGUACUGUACACAUUCUAGUGCCUCAAUAGCACCUCACUGACAGAGUUCUAAACUCCCUCUGUGACUGUGUGACAUGCACUAAAGCCAGAUGGUGUGCGUUCGAGGGACUGCAACAUUUGUAAAUGUGAAAUGCCAUCUAAAAUGAGCGAAGGGCAUUCCCCCAGGAGGGUCAACAGUCUGUACCAGCUCCAUUGCAUUUAUAACACAACACAACCACUCAGAAAGGCAAUCUGCCCCAUGUCACUCAUGAGACUCCCUCUCAUUACGCAUUAAUUGAAAAUAAAAAUGUUGUGUGGUAGUAUUCAUGCUUGGGGUGUUAGAAUUGUUAGUAAUCUUAAUCAGAAAAUCUAAUUACACCGCCAUUGUGGGUGUAAAUUGCCUCUUUUUGCUGCUGUGGAGGCUUUCAGCGUCUGCAAUAAUAUGGCCCUACCUCUGUUGAAAUUAGAAUUAUUGUGGAACUAAUGCAGCCACAAGAGUCAAAUUACAUUUAAUAAUACCCUUUGGAUAUAGGCUAAUUGAAGUUGUCAUUUUGUCCAGAAAUAUAAGCUGCUGUAUAGAAAUUGAUAGUGUUUGUUCUGUGUUCAGCAUUAAUGUAUUGCUGUCCAAUUUCACAUUUCUAUCUUAAAAACUUUGAUUGAGAGCAGUUCUCGUCAAAAUGUAAAAGUUGCAGAAACCUCUCAUUCAUAGUUCAACAUCAUGAUAGUUUAAUCAUGCAUUAAAAAUGGAUAAGAAAACAACAUAAUUGCACUUGUUGACACAGCUCAGUAAUGUUCUAUGCCAAUGGACUGAAUCCAGAAGCACUCUUAAAUUGUUCAUUUGGCACGUUUUGAAGGUAGAAAGUUAUGUCUGUCUGUCUGUCUGUCUGUCUGUCUCCAGGUACUCCAUAGACAGAAACACAGACCUGGAGCGUUUCUUCAACGUGGAUGCUCUGAGUGGUGUCAUAAGCACAGCCAAACCCCUGGAUCGAGAGGUCAACUCUGUCCACAACCUCACCAUCCUUGCCAUGGAAAGCCGUAAGUACAUGUGCGCAUACACACACACGUCUGCCACAUCAACGCCUUCCACAUCUACGCCUCAA